GCCGCCUGUCUGUCUGUUUGGGCUUCUGGCUUUGACAGUUCAGCCUCAGAAUCCUUAUGCUUUCGCUGCGUUUCGCUGGCACACGUCAGCUUUCGUUCAGCAGCCUUAACGCUAUUAUGUGCAGUAAGUUAGUUCGGCGAUCGUGUUCGCGAUCUCUCUUCUUCUUCUUCGAAGCCCAGUUCCAAGAAAUAAGGGGAGAGGCGUUUUAUUUAUUUGCUGUGCGUCUGGAUAGCCAUCAAACAUUUCCUGCAGGUUUCUGUCCAGCUCUCUGCAGUUCAGGACUGCUUCCGAGCAAAUGGUGGCCGAUAACGGCGCCGUGAACAACGAAUAACACGAAUACCAUUGAUAUUAACGUGAUUUGUCAGCGUUGACAUGUGCGCGUCAUUGUCAUGCACCAUCCAAGUGUCUGUAUCGCUUUACCUAUCAUUUGUACGGACAGCAUAUUUGCUUUGUAAAGCAUUUCUACAUCCAUAUGUCGCUGUUAAACGGUGUUUUUGAUACCCAAAGAACGGAACAAGCUGUCUGUGACGCUUUUAAUGCAACUUGUGUUGCAGUUGGCUUCCUACUCGCCUGCUUCUUGUUCGAAUUUUCCCGUUCCACCUUAAAUGGAGGUGCAGCAGCUACCGAGAGACGAAGCUGACUUCAUAUUUGGAAAUGUUUAUAGCACUAUAAUGUUCUGCAAGUGCUUGAUCAGAUAUAGAAUAGAUAUAAACUUUACUAAGAUGCUUAAAAACGCACUGGCUUUUAUUGGAGAUCUCUACCAAAUGCUGUGGCUAAGCUAACAGCGUUAACCUAGCUAGCUGUUAUCGUUACAGAACGACACACCACAGCUCCACUCCUGCUCACUCUUUUAUUUCGCAUUAAAUCUUCUGUUCUGUGUUAAAAUUACACACAUUUGCCUUGUGAAAUACUCCACUGUGUGAACAAAUAAAGUGCGUUGUGUGCUGAUAAACGCUAGCUGGCUAGCGACAAUGCUAACAAGCUAAACCCCUGAUUAGAUCUGUCAGAAGCGUUGGCUAACUCUAGCUGUAUUAGCUACUGACCGACAGGUGUAUUUUGUAUUUUUGUUGUUUCGACCUGCUGUCCAGGUGAAUAAAACAUGUCGUGUGACGAUAAACAAACGUUGUGGAGAGAACUGACAAGCUACGCCAUACACACAGCUAGCUAGCACACGUAGCGUUAGCUUGCUCUCCGCUUAGUUGUUGUUGACAUUUUCAAAACAUUCAGCCGUUUUAGCCGCCCGUUAGGCUGAAUGAGCGGCGUGUGGUCAUGUAAAUAACAGACCCAACUUAUUAAUCUUCACCGUUUACCCAGUUUUAGGUAAUACAUAUUUUUUUUAACCGAAAUUGAGUCCUCGUUUGGAGCCAUUCCGUCAGAAUGAGCUGUUUUGGUUGCUUUCAGUCGCGUUAGAGGAUAGAGGUUUGAUUCUCUCAUAUUAGCAGAGAAAGGGGUAUAUAGAGCAGAACACACACAUGUCGGAUCAUUUAACAUAGUUCCCAAUAACAAAGUCUCAAAAAGCUGCCUAACACAUGCGAAUUUAUGAAGCAGAAUUAGGCUUCUCAGUGGAAUUGACCGCUCCACCUUAAAUGGUGCAGCAUGUAACAGUGACUCCUGCACCAUUUAAGGUGGAACGGGCAAGUCCAAUAAGAAGCCAGCUUCAGAUUCGUUGCGAAUGUCAUAAAUGUCUCCCUUUCUCAGUAACGUUGUACUUUUGGGCUACAAUUUCCGAGUCUUUUUACUUUAAAACAAUGAAAAUAUCCGUCAAAUAAAAGAAGAAAAUGCGUUAAAUGCAACGAAACCAAAGAGAAGUUAUCGUUAGCCAGCGCCGCUAACGGUAGCUUUCCUGUAAAGGGGCCGUUGCGUUAUAACGCGUUUAAGUUGCUGGUUCUUAUCUCGGGAUAAAAAUAGCUUUCUAGCUAUUUAUCGGAUCAACCAGGUUUAUAGUUGUUUGACUGGAUGCCUUUAAAGCGGAUACGGGAGUCAAAGAUAGCCUAAAGAAACAUACCAUUAGCUUGUUAGCUAGCUAACGUUUUGCUAACGCCUGUUUGGGCGAUUUAUCAGCAAUUAAUACAUUUGUGCUGCGUUGGUUUAAUUUAAGCUUAGCUUCUCAGUAUUUUUUGACCUAUUCUGCAUUUUUAUCCUGAUUGAAAAUACAAUAAAUACGCUUAAUCUAGUCGCUAGUCUCAAUUGCGUCCCAAACCGCAUAUUCCAGCACUAAAUAGUGUGUAAAAAAAUAGUGCAUGGCCAUUAGAAGUGUAUCUAUUAGUGUAUUAGGGAAAGGAUAGAAUUGCGCGAAUUGGGACGCAGCCAUAGUAACCUUGUCGCUAGUUAGUUUAAUGUUUCUCAUACAGGUGUGUAUUUAUAGUAGCACUGCGCUUCGUAUAGUUCACGUAGGGAGUGCACACGAUAUAGAGAGUCGUUAUUAAGUGGCUAAGAUUAAUUUCCAGCUCGUUGACAGGCGCUACGCGACCGGUUUAGGUAUGAUUUCAGUGAGGAGGUGUCGCAGGUGAAGGUGUCGUGGUUGUAAUUGAAUCUGGCUGCUGUUUGAAAUGACUGCGUCUCGUUGCCUGGUGUCCAGAGACAUCGCAGAAAGACACACCAGAGCAGAAGGGCGCUUUCUGAAAGGUCUGUCUGCUGCUGGUCUUAUGUUUUGCAGGGUGGCAGCUUUCCAGCUUUCCAGCAGUGGCUGCUCUCCCUCUUGCAGUGCGCCAUAUGUUAUGAUUGCGACUGUGCUGCAGUGAUGCUGCAUUGGCACCUCUAGGCCAAAUGCCCUCUUCCUUCCGCUUUCCUGGGCUGUUGCUCCUUUUGUUGCCUCCACGCUGCAUGCAGAUGUGCAUGUAGAGGCUGUGUGGGUUCGGGGAGAAGCUUGAUCAGUGCUGAUGUGCAUGGUUUUGUGUCUUGUCUGUCUGUCCGUCUGUCCAGGGGAUGAGAGGAGAGCAGGUGCUGCCCUCCUGGCUGCUGGCGCAGUGACGCGGUGAGCUUAGGAUGGCGAAGACAGGGCCGCAGUUGGACUACCACAUCCUCCAAGACCUCAAACAGCGCUUCCCUGAAAUCCCUGAGAACGUAGUGUCUCAGUUCCUUCUGCAGAACAACAAUAACCUGGACCUGUGCUGCCACCUGCUGGCUCAGGAGAGUAACAGAUACCUGUAUGAGGAGUAUCACAGCCCGGAGGAGGUGCACUUAAGCCGGAACCACAUGCUGCACAUCAGCGUGGGUUACCCUCCGCCGGAGGGGGCCAAGGCCGGCACGGCAGGCGCACGGCAGCUCGUGCACAGCUCCAGUGAUGGCCACAUCGAGCCCCAGCGGGGCGCCUUCCCCGAACCCCACUCGGCCCCUGCUGCCAUGGCACCGUCGCCUGGAUACAACCCCUUUUUCAUGGGCGAUCAAGGACGCUCCGCUAGCACCCCUACCCCUCCACCCACCAUGCAGGGCAUGUCCCCCACUUACACCCCUGUUCCCCAGCGCUACAUGACCCCCAUCACUGUCACGCUCUCACAGAACAUCCCUAACGUCCCUCAGGCGCUGCAGAUUCCCCCCGGCGCUUAUGGUAACAGUGGAAAUGCCCUCUAUAUGCGGCCCUCUCCCUCACAGAGCCCCCAGCCCACUCCAUGGGGCACGUCUACUGCUUCGGUGUACCAGCCGUCGCCCUACACCACACCCACGUACCAGUCGCCCUACAGCUCGCCCCAGCACCAGGUCCAGCAGCCUCCGCAUGUCUUUUUGCCUAUUAGCCCUCCUACCCUACACAACAUGCCCUACCAGCAGGCCCCGGCUGGCUCCUACAGGCCCUACAUGACAUCCAAGGGCUCCAUGAAGAACCAGAUUGAGAUCACACUGGAGGGGAGGCCGCGUAGCAACUCCCCUGUACACGCUCCACAGGGAGCGCUCUACAUGGCCACAAGCACGUCCCCAAGCUCACCGUCCAGGGCAAUAAGCAUGACCGGCCCACCAGGGCCGGCCUUUCACCCCGGCGUGUACCUCCACCAAGGGGCAGCACGGCCCCGGCCCGCCUCCUCACCCCAGGCAGCAAGCUCCGCCUACAUAAAGAUCAAAGUGUCGCCGGGCCAGGCCCAGCGGUCACUCGAAUCGCCACCGGUGGAGACUGAGUCGCUCCUCAACAUCGUGGACCAGGGCGAGAAUCACGGCACCCCGGCCCCCAUCCUGCCCAUCUCCGCGCUGCCCGGCAACGUCGCCAGCCAGAUCAGCCACAUGCCCAGACGCUCCAGUUCGGGGUCGGACGACUAUGCCUACACCCAAGCCUUGCUGCUGCACCAGCGGGCGCGGAUGGAGCGGCUGAUGAAGGAACUGAUGGUGGAGAAGCAGAAGCUGGAGCUGCUGAAGGCCGAGGUCAACGAUAUGGAGUACGACGCCUUGCAGAGACGCUUCAGGCGCGUCAACAGCACGAGCUUCAUCCCGCGGCCUGAAGAAAUGACCAGAAUGCGGUCGCAAAACAGACAGCUCCAGAUUGACAUUGAUUGUACCUUGAAGGAGACGGACCUGCUGCAGUCCAGAGGCAAGUUUGACCCAAAAGCCAUGAACAACUUUUAUGACAACAUUCAGCCUGGUCCGGUCGUGCCACCCAAACCAGGGAAAAGAGACGGAGGAGGGCGGAGCGUGAAGCCUUCGGUCGAAGCGCAGCGAGAUGAGGACUUCGAGGGCGCGCAGUGGAACUGUGACAGCUGCACUUUUCUCAACCACCCGGCUCUGAACCGCUGUGAACAGUGCGAGAUGCCUCGCUACACCUGAACCCGUCGCCCUGGCAACCAGCACGGCCCCGCCCAGCGUCACCCAGACCCCGCCUUGUCUUCUGAUCUCUGUUCCACCAUUUAACUUCUGGGCUCUGCCUGCGCUCACACCCCCCUCGACCCCACCCAGCAAUAACUGAGCCCAACCCUGCCCUGCUGAGGAAGAGCCACCUCCCCUUAAUGAAACCUUAAAUCUCUGUCCAGUCAGGCCCCGCCCCCUCCGGCUCCUCAAAGAAGCUCCAUGCACUUGUUUUAAUGUUUUUUGUUUCCUACUGAAAAAUGAUGCUUUAUAAGAGGGGUGGAGAGGGACAUCUCCAAGCAGGCGAGCUAAAGGGAGUGACUGGCUGUGGAGCAGACCGAAAAAGGGUGCAUUUGUUAUUGUUUUUUUUUGUUUUGUUUGGGGUUUUUUUUUUUUUUGAAGAGGGAGGAGCCUCUAUUACGUCAGGUAGGCGUGCCGCACCAAGCUACCAUUCCAAGCAUAAAGAGACGGCUAUGUUUACACGGAAAAACGAGCCCGAGCUGACCGCACGCGCAGGGCUGCGCUCCACCAGAUCAUGGACGAUGUAAUGAUUCGAAGCCGGGGUCCGAUUAACGAUCUUAAUGUAGACUUCACACUGUAUGCGCUCUCCAAGAGCUCCUCUUUCGAAUGAAGAACACUAAGAGACAUGCAUAUGAAUUAUAUCCUACUUACUUGGUACUUUUAUGCAUAUUAUGCCACACUGUAUUCUGUGUUUAAGGUGUUGAUUUUCCUGUGCAAAUGCCUCAAGUUGCUGUACUUAAUAAAGAAGUUGAUUCUAUGUGAUGAUAACUCAA